AUGCUCACCUUCAGCAAGGACAACGUCCAGGGUGUAGCUGCCAUCCACGAGAAGUUUACGAACCUCUCGUUCACCGAGCAACUCAUUCACCAAAUCGAUCAAACCGACAUCGACGUGCAACCAUGCGCUGAUGAUGGUAUCAUGAUCCUCGUCACCGGAAAGCUCCAGGUGCGCUCAUACACAACCUCUGGCGAUUCUUUGAGCAAAUGCUGAUGACUU